AUGGCCGCCUCGAGAAAGUUCAAAAAUCUUCUCUACAGUUCGGCAUUUUACUUGGAUCAACUCAACGACGACUGGGCUAAGUUCUAUGAUGUGCCAUUGACAAGAGAUAAGGACGGCAUUUUGAAAGGUGGCGAAGCUUGCAUGUGGGGAGAAUCUGUUGAUGACAGUGUAUUCAUGCCAAGAGUAUGGCCUCGAGCCGCCGCAGUUGCAGAGAGACUGUGGUGCGCUGACGAAAGGAUAUGUCCUUUUAAGCACGCCUGGGCUGUUAAUAGGCUCGCGAG